AUGAGCUUUUGGGCUGAACCCUAUGAUUGGCCCACAUGUUUAUGCCUACCCAUUUGUAACCCUCAUACUAGAGCUCUAAGGCGUAUAGGGCCACACAAUUAUGACGUUUUAUCUCUAAUUAUGGGAUCUAUGCUAGGUGAUUCUAACGCUGAGAGGCAUGGGAAUGGUACUAGAAUACGUCUUCAGCAGGAAAGUUCUAAUGUAGAAUACUUGAGGUGGUUCCAUAAGUUCUUAGCUAGUCGGGGUUAUUGCUCUACGACUAAGCCCAAAUUACAUAUCAGGACCGAAAAGGGAGGGAAGGGUAUUAAGGUUGUGCCUCUUAAUAUUGGAGACUAUAUCUCACCACUUGCUCUCGCUGUUUGGAUAAUGGAUUACGCUACUGCUCUUCCUUAUGGUAUGAAGAUUACCACGAAUUCUUUUUGUUAUAAGGAUGUAUUGUUUUUGUGUGAGGUUUUACGAGAAAAGUACGGUAUUGUAGCUAGACCUAAUAAAGAUGGCGAUCAGUGGGUGCUUUACAUUCAUUCUGAGUCUAUGUCUAAUUUGUCUAAAAUUGUUAAGCCUUAUAUGGUACCUAGUAUGCACUAUAAAUUGGGCGAUGCCGGUGUUAACGGUCAAAGGUCUCUCUCUCCUAUACCCAGACCGGCUUUACGUAAUUCCUUCGUUCUAGGAAAGAAUAAUGUACUAUGUUUUGCAUACUUGCUGAAAACAAAAUGGUUGGAUCUGGUGGAAUUUGUAUGGGGAGGCUUUUCCGUAAUUACUGCGGCAUAUAACAAUAAUAUGAAAACUUUGCUUGAUGCUGGGAUAACUCCAAUUUAUGGAACACGCUCAACAGCUCCUCAGAGACUAAACGCAAAGGAUAUGGCAUGGUUAGUGGGUUUUUUGGAAGGUGAUGGCUGGUUUUCAAUUACUAAGAAUGGGAUUUAUUGCAAGUAUGAGUUUGGGAUAGAAGUAUCUGAAAAAGAUAUUAAGUUACUCUAUAAGCUAAAGGAAAUGUUAGGAGUAGCAUUGGGAUUAUAUUAUUUAAGAAACAAUCUUCUUAAUAAUGUUACUUAUAUUUAUAAUCUUAAAUCUUAUGCACGUCCCGAUCAUACACCAUUCGAAACCAUUGAUCUUAUUCUAGCAUGUACUUACUUUGAUAAUUGGCUAGUAGGCUUUCAAGUGAAGGAUCUUUUUCAAUUUAUCAACCUUCAGGUGAGACCAAUAAGAGUGUCAGUUUUUAAACCACUAGUUCUAGAGGCCGGCCUUCAAAAUGUUAUUCACUUUUUGGAUCGUGCUGAAGCUAAACUCAAAGGGUACAAACGACUUCAGUAUCUUCUAUUCUUUAAGGAGAUUAGGGUCAAUGCUAGAUAUAGUCAUCUAGAUAUUCCGUCUAAUUACGCGCUCCACCAGCACGGUUCAAAUAAUCCACUGGGGGUAACUAGUAGCCUCGACAGAGUACCUUUUUAUCCUUACUACGUCUUUAAAGAUUUAGUUGGUUUCUUUGUCUUCUUUUUAGUUCUAGCCUUCUUCGUCUUCUUUGCCCCAAAUGCUAUGGGGCACCCAGAUAACUCGAUAGCAGCCAACCCUAUGCAAACCCCUAUUUCUAUUGUGCCUGAAUUCUAUUUACUUCCUUUUUAUGCCAUUCUCCGUGCUAUCCCUCAAAAGUUGUUAGGGGUUGUAGCAAUGCUAGGGGCUAUCCUCAUACUCUUAGCCUUACCAUUCCUUGAGACUUCCCGUAUACGUUCUUGCGCCUUUCGACCAUUUAUGCGUCUUGCCUUCUGGUCUUUUGUUACUAAUUUCUUUCUCCUUAUGUGGAUAGGAUCUCAGCAUCCAGAAGUGCCUUAUAUUUUCCUUGGCCAAAUCUGCUCCCGGUCUUAUACAACACUAUCUGAGUAUUUACCUGAUAAGAUAGAUAAUACUCAAACUGUCAAUGAGCUAUCUCGAGCUAACGCUUGGCUAACAGAAAAUUUGCCGUUCCUUUGGAAGACGUUCCCCAAAAUCUGGGUCAAUGGCUUUCGGAUUUAUUGA